GAUAGCUGAAGUGGCUGAUGGUCAAGUUAAAGCAGGAAUAGCUACUAAAUAAGCAAAGUCACUUGCUGGAGAAAGAGUAUGUGUAAGAGAAAUGGGAUUGAUGAAAAGUGGCCGAUACACUUUCCAGAUCAGUUUCUUACUCUUACCAAUCAAAGCUUCAACAUUAUGUCCACGGUUUUGUGGUAACGUCAGCAUAAAGUAUCCCUUUGGAAUCGGAGAUGGCUGCUACAUGGAUAAGGGGUUCGAAGUAACUUGCGACAAUGGAAAACCUUAUUUAAGUAGCAUCAGUCUCGAACUAUCGGAAGGUUUUUAUUAUCCAAGCUAUACGAUUGGCGUCAAGUUUCCUGAAGUUUCUUUGAAUAGUACUGUGACAAGAGGCAUUGAUCUGUCAGGAAGCCCCUUUUCUUUUUCAACUAUGAAAAAUAGCUUCAUUUCGGUUGGUUGUGACAGCUAUGGGAGUGGCAACCAGAAUAAUUUGAAUACUACUGCAUGUCAGUCUUUUUGUACUUGCGAUCCUAAUCAAAAUGUUGCUGGUUGCUGUGACGUGAUCUGCACCCUUCCUACAAAUCGUACAUUUAAUAAUACUGCAAGUAUAUCAAACUUUUAUUCUGAAAGAAUUGGCCAGAAUUGCAGUUUUGCCUUCAUGGUGGACCAAGAAUGGCUCCAGUCAAACUACCUAACAAAUCCAUCUGUUUUGAGAGGUAAAGAACCAACUCCUGCUAGGCUGGAAUGGGGAAUAUAUAAAGGGACAUGUGUGGAACUGUAUAGUUCACACAAUACAAGUUGUAAUGCAGAUGAUUACUGCAUAAUACAGUUAAGCUCAAACCAUAUUUGUGUUUGCGAUAAUCAAAUGUCCGACAGAUUCCAAGGAUGUACAGGUGACUUGAUUUGUAAUACUAAGAGCGGCUACAAUUGCUCAGCAAAAUGUCCUGCUGGCUAUACAUCUUAUUCUUAUGACAGUCAAGACACUAGAUGCUAUUCAUCAAGAAGCUUUACUGACAUAUGGAUAAAGAAAUCCCGGGUCAAAUUAUUUACUAUCAUAGGAUGUUGUGCUGGGCUUGGUACAUUGUUACUCGUCAUUGGAAUAUGGUGGUUGUACAAGUUGAUAAAAAGAAGAAAAGCAAUCAAGUUGAAGCAGAAAUUCUUUAAAAGAAACGGCGGUUUAUUACUACAACAACAACUAUCUUCCAAUGAAGGUAACAUUGAGAAAACAAGAUUGUUUACUUCAAAGGAAUUGGUUAAGGCCACUGACAACUACAAUGCAAAUCGAAUCUUGGGUCAAGGAGGCCAAGGGACAGUGUACAAGGGAAUGUUGGCAGAUGGAAAAAUCGUAGCUAUUAAAAAGUCCAAAGUAGUGGAUGAAAGUAAAGUUGAGGAAUUCAUUAAUGAAGUGGUGAUUAUAUCUCAAAUAAAUCAUAGAAAUGUGGUUCAAUUACUAGGAUGUUGCUUAGAGACAGAAGUUCCUAUUUUGGUGUAUGAAUUCAUUCCUAAUGGAACUCUCUUUCAAUAUAUACAUGACCACAAUGAAGAGUUUCCAAUCACAUGGGAGCUACGCAGACGCAUAGCCAUAGAAGUUGCAGAAGCUCUAUCCUAUCUACAUUCAGCUGCUUCUAUACCAAUAUAUCAUCGAGAUAUCAAGUCAACAAACAUACUUUUGGAUGAUAAAUAUCGAGCAAAAGUAUCAGAUUUUGGGACUUCAAGAUCUGUUACAAUUGAUCAAACUCAUUUGACCACUCAAGUACAAGGGACUUUUGGAUAUGUAGAUCCAGAGUAUUUUCAAUCAAGUCAGUUUACUGAUAAAAGUGAUGUUUACAGUUUUGGAGUAGUUCUUGCUGAACUUUUAACAGGACAAAAGCCGAUCCGUUCAACCAAUGACUUUGAAGAAGAUAGAAGUUUAGUCACAUAUUUUCUUCGAGCAAUGGAAGAGAAUAGUCUAUUCAAAAUCCUUGAUGCUCGAGUUUUGAAGGAAGGGGAAAAAGAAGAGAUUAUGAGUGUUGCAGAUGUCACAAGAAGAUGUUUGAAUUUAAAUGGAAAGAAGAGACCUACAAUGAGAGAAGUAGCAUUUGAAUUAGUGGGGAAUAUUAGAGCAUCGAAUGGAGCUUCAGUCUUGCAACAAAACUAUGAUGAGAUUGAUUUUGUUGAUAAUGAGAUAACAUGUCCCUACGCAACUGGUUCAUCUUUGAGUAGUACUGGAUCAUUUUUAAACAGUGUCACUUUAGAUGUUGACCCUCUGAUUUCUAAGAAGUGUUAAACAGAGGGAAUAGUUUUUUUUAUCAUGUAUUUCAUUCUCUGAGUAUAUUUUUGUUAUUUCUGCAAUAUAUUUUACUUGUAUCAUUUAUUAACUAGUAAAGUUG